AUGUGCACUCUCCAGAAGUUCAAGCUAGUUUUCUUCGUCCCCCCAAGCGCUCUCUCAGCUUGCAAGACUGCCAUCUUUGCUGCAGGCGCCGGGCGCUUCCCAGGUACCGGCGGCUACACCGAAUGCUGCUUCACGUCCAAAGGCACAGGGCAGUUUAGACCGGGCGAAGCUGCCAACCCGCACCUGGGUAAGGCUGGAACUCUGGAGGAGGUCGAAGAGUAUCGAGUCGAGGCAGUCUGCUUGGGUAGAGACACUGUAGUGGAAGCAGUGGCAGCUUUGAGGAAAGCACAUCCGUACGAAGAGCCUGCAUAUGAGGUAUAUAAGAUGGAGGAUAUGUAA